AUGCUCGGCGAUAUCAUCGCGCAGCAAGUGGGCCACCAUCCCGGAGCCGGCUUUGACGUCCUGCGCGUGGCGCGCCUGGGGCUGUACGGCCUGUGCCUCGAUGGCCCCCUGGGCUCAGCCUGGUAUGACUGGCUGGAGGGCGCCGUGUUUCCCAACAGCCCCACAGAGGCCAAGGCUGUCGCGGCCAAGACGCUGCUCGACCAGGUGGUGUACGCCAGCAUUGGCACCGGCCUGUUCUUUGCCGUCAUCACGGCCCUGGAGGGCCACCCUGAACUCGCCCCCAGCGUGGUGGCUGCCAAGUUCUGGCCCACCCUGGCGGCAAACUGGGCCAUCUGGCCCGCGGCCCACAUAGUCAAUUUCCGGUUUGUGCCCAGCCAGUUCCGCAUAGCCUACAACAACGUGGUGGCCAUUGGCUGGCUGGCCCUGCUGUCGGCCAUCACACACUCCCACGGCCCCUCGCUCAUCAACGCCGCCCUCAGCCACCUGCACAUGGGCAACACCCACUGA